AUCUGCCCGAGCCAGCAGUGUCUGCAAUGUAAGUCUGUUUUAUGAAAUGUCUUCCAAAGGACUUAACUGCAAGUUUUUAUUCUGAAAAAAGUCAACAAAAUGAAAAGACUUGAUUCUCCGAUGCUGUGUUCUUGAAUGGAUGAUAUUAAUAGACUGCUGGCAAGCACAGCUUCCAAACCUCCUGAAAGAGCACUGUACAGACAAUAUCAUCGACACCACAGCUCAUCCUGAUGGGUUGUCUUAACUCCACCAGCGAAGAUGAGACUUUGCCUGACAAGGACCCUUAUACUGCGCAGACCUCUGUGCCUCUAACAAUCCUGGUGGGUAUGCUUAUCCUGCUAAUUGUGUUUGGCAAUGUCAUGGUAGUUAUUGCUGUGAUCACAAGCCGAGCUCUGAGAGCACCUCAGAACUUGUUUUUAGUCUCUCUGGCAUGUGCAGACAUCCUGGUUGCCACUUUAGUGAUGCCAUUCUCUUUAGCAAAUGAACUGAUGGGUUCCUGGCACUUUGGUAAAGUGUGGUGUGAAAUCUACCUGGCUUUGGAUGUGCUCUUCUGCACCUCAUCCAUCGUUCACCUGUGCGCCAUCAGCCUGGACAGAUACUGGUCCGUCUCUCAAGCGAUUGAGUACAACCUGAGGAGGACGCCGCGCAGGAUUAAAUGUACAAUUUUUAUAGUUUGGGUACUAGCGGCCAUAAUUUCAUUCCCUCCGCUUAUCACAAUGAAAAAGGACGAGGGUAAAGAGGACAGACCUGAAUGUAAAAUUAAUGAAGAGAAAUGGUACAUCAUAUUCUCCAGCACUGCCUCUUUCUUUGCACCCUGCGUCAUCAUGAUUAUGAUGUAUGUUAGAAUCUACCUGAUUGCCAAGAAAAGAACAAGAGACCCGCCAGGGCAAAGGCAAAAGGAAUGCGGCAAUUUGGGCAACUUGGACAGAAAAGACGGAGAAGAGGGCGAGGUGGAAAGGGGGGACAUUAGAGGGGUCAAUGGGCCAGACGUGGAGGAAGAACCGUCCUCGUCUGAUGAGAACGAAACCAUCCUAUGCUCACUAGUGAAGAAGAGGGGUAUGAGAACAACCAACGUGGCUCAGGUGAAGCCUGGAGAAACCUGUCCGAAGCCAGAGGUGCAGCCCUGUGUGAGAGUGAGCAGGUGGAAAGGAAGGCAGUACAGAGAGAGGCGCUUCACAUUUGUUCUGGCUGUGGUCAUGGGAGUGUUUGUUCUCUGCUGGUUCCCCUUUUUCUUCACGUACACGCUCACUGCUUUGUGUGACGCCUGCUGUGUCCCAAAGACAUUGUUCAAAAUGUUUUUCUGGUUUGGUUACUGCAAUAGUUCACUUAAUCCUGUUAUAUACACUAUAUUCAAUAAUGACUUCAGGAGGUCUUUUAAAAGGAUUCUUUGUAAACGGUACAGAAGAGGUUUAUAAAUAACAUUUUUAUGUACAAAUCUCAAAAACAGCAUUUUUUGUCAUCUACU